ACCCGUUUAGCUGCCCAGAAAAACCCUGAUGUUCCGACGUUACGGGAGCUUCCAUUGGAGAAGGAAGAAUCGAAGAUGGCUGCCCCUGUUCCUGAUCAAACCCAGUGGGAUUUCAGCUGUGACUUGGAUGUGAAUUUCGAGUCGGAAGAACAUGCCCUGAUAGCUUACACGGCAUUGGCCGUUGAUAAGGAGUUGCAACCCGACAAGGUGAAAAGGCUGAUGUCGGUGUCUAAGAACAAGCUUUCUGUGCACUUUGAAGCAGUGGAGGCAAGGUUUCUCCGUGCAUCCUUCUCCGCCUUUGUAGACGUUCUUACGCUGGCCGCUAGAACGAUCCGAGAAUUCGGACAGACCUAGACCACGACGUGAAUAAAGUUUGCAUAUUUUCUUCCCUCAUUGCCGGUCGGAAAAUCGGAAUCUCAGAGUGAAUCAGCUUAGUAUUCUGUCCUUUGUUCUUGAACAAUGUAUAUGAUCAUUGGUUACUGAAUCCAGAAAUGCAAAAGAUGAAUACUUCAUUUUUCUCAGUUUGAAUGAAAAUAAUUUAAUUC